AUGGCCGCAUCUAAGAAGAAAGAGCCACGUACUGACCUUUAUAUCAGGGUCGUCCGAUCCUCUGACGUGCUGGAGCUACCCGAGCUCGUCGACCUUGAGCUGGAUGAUGCCCUGUUUAUACCGGAGCAGGAUGCGGUUGACGACAACCUCGGCAUUCAUCAGCGGAUAGAGGCCAUCGAUGGGGUGUUGUUUCUUCUGCGGCCAGGCCGAGGACGGCAAAAAAGUCAACUUCUUUCGCUGAGAGCAGUACCACUCGAGCCCUUCCUUGUCGAGAUCAUGGAGAACACCGCACGGCUGACCAGCACCAAGGGCGAGAAAGAUGCCCAGUAG